AUGUCGUGGUACUUCGCCAGCUACUCGCAGCUCGAUGCUCAGCUGGUCAACCGCAUGCAGUCGACCUUGCUCGCUGUUUCUCUAGGCUUCUUGGACACUCUGGUGGUAGGACAGGAGCUCGCGCUGGUCAAGCCCAACAUCGCGCAAGCCGUCUUCCUCAAGACCGAGGAGCAGGUGCAGGCAGGGACGUUUGCUGUGAGUGUCCCGACAGUCUUGGAAGGCUUGUUCUCCACCAAGAAUGUUUCUUUUGGCUUUCGUCUUUCCUCUGGUCAGGUUGCGACCCAGGAUACCACCUCGGUCUCGGUGCGGGUCUACAAGUUGUUUCAAGGUCUGAUCAACGGUUCCUCUCCGCUCUCUCCCCUCCUCGGCGCCUCCGUGCGGCAGGCGGCGACGCGUCAGCUGGGCUUCCUGCUGGUGUCGACCCCCAUAAGGAGGGGCGCGCUGCUGUCAGCGCUGCGAUCGGAUCGGUUGACGGCAAGGUGUCUGAGGUGGAGCAACAACAGCUUUCAGAGCGAUGCCUGUGAAGUGGAGCUCGUGGACCUGACCAGAGAGACUGUGACGUGUAAGUGCAGCCUCCGCCAGCUGGACUCGAGGAGGCUGAUGCAGUCGACUGCCCCCCAGGAUUUUAGCCUCGUUGUGGUCGGCGACCCAAAAAGUUACGACUGCGAGCUUUACAGCAAGAACUGCUCCCAGCAGCAGUACCUGCAGGGCUGCGGGAACGAGUCGAAGGGAUCGUGUGUGACCUGCUCGACCUGUGACGCGGGUCAGUAUCAGGUCCAGCCGUGCACGUCGCAGCAAGACAGGAGAUGCUCUCCCUGCUCUCAGCUCAGCUGUGCCUCAGGCUUCUACCGGUCGGCGUGCGGAGGAGGAUCAACAGGAUCCUGCAGGGUGUGCAAGAACUGCUCGGCAGGAGAGGUGCAACUCGUGGGCUGCGCUGAAGGAUCGACUCAGCAGGACGCGCUCUGUCUCCCCUCCGGUGCCGCGGGCGGCAGGCAGGGGCAGCUGCAGGUGACCAUGACCGUCCGUAUCAGCAGCGAGAAUGCAACAGCAGAAGCUCUGAGGCAGACCCUGCUCGCCUCCGUCGCUAGACUCGUCAAUGUGAGCUCAGAUCGUGUACAGGUGGAGGGCCAGGGUGGUCAGCUGACCCCUGCCAGGAGGCUGCUCCUGGUCAGCUCCGACCUGGUGAUCAAGAUCCUGCUCGACCUGAACGCGGACUGGAAGUCGGUGAGCAAGCAGCUGACGCAGUCAGCCCUCAGCGCGGAGUUGAGCAAGCAGAGCAUCAAUGUCCAGGUGAUCCAAGGAGCGACUCUGAGCAUCGUCACCGUUGGCACCGCUGGCAACACGACCGUCGUUGAAAGCACCAGCAGCUCCCCAGCAACGAGCAAGGCUGAAGUUGAAAGCACCUCUGCUCCUGAUUCGAGCACGGCGGCUGACAAGGAAGUCCCUCUGACUACCCCGCCGGGGGUCGAGGCUAAGGAUACCGGUGGACCCUCGCUCAUGCUCAUCGUCCUGCUGUCAGUCCUGAUCCCCGUGUUUGUCUUCGGCAUCGGCUUGCUCAUCUACAAGUACUCCUUGCCGACCGCCAAACCGACUUCACGUGAGGCUGCGAGGACAGGGAGAGAUGAGGAGGUCGCGGUUCCGGAGGUGCACGAGGCUCCCAGCGACAACGUGCCACCAUAUCAGGAACCUCCUGCCACCAGCCUGACGGGAAAGCUUCAAUAUGGCCUCCCCUUCAUGUUUGCUUGA